GCUCUGGGCUGUGCGGCACCGCCUCUCCUCGGUGUCGGGGGAGGGACGGAGGGACCGGGCGGGAGAGAGAGAAAGCCUGACCGACCGGCUGGCGAAGAGCUGCAUGCAACCGGUGGGAGGCUGGGCCGGCUGGGUCUGGGGCUCGGGCUCGGGCUCGGACCGUUUCCCGGCUGGUCCCUGGCGGUGAGCGCGGACGGCCCGGAGGCGGCUGCUCUGAGCUGGCAGGCGGAGGGCUGUCUCCUGCGCCCGCCUGCCCGGCGCGGUCCGAGGAUGCGGGGGGGCGAUGCCCGGGGCCAGGGACGCGCUCUGUCACCAGGCGCUGCAGCUGCUGGCCGAGCUUUGUGCCCGUGGGGCCCUGGAGCACGACAGCUGCCAGGAUUUCAUUUACCACCUGCGGGACCGUGCCAGACCCCGGCUCCGCGACCCAGAUAUCUCAGUGAGCCUGCUGACCCUUGUGGUCACUGCCUGUGGUCUCGCUCUCUUUGGCGUGUCUCUCUUCGUAUCUUGGAAACUCUGCUGGGUUCCGUGGCGAGAACGAGGCCUGCCCUCUGGUAGCAAAGACAACAACCAGGAGCCUCUUAACUACACGGACACAGAGACCAAUGAGCAGGAGAACAGUGAGGACUUCCUAGACCCUCCCACGCCCUGCCCUGACUCCUCCAUGAAGAUCAGCCACACCUCCCCUGACAUUCCCCUCUCCACCCAGACGGGGGUCCAGGAGAACUGUGCCCAUGGCGUCCGCGUGCAGCGCCAAGUCACAGAGCCAACCUCAUCGGCUCGGCAUAAUUCUAUCCGAAGACAACUCAACUUGUCAAACCCGGACUUCAAUAUCCAGCAGCUUCAAAAACAGGAACAGUUGACUGGAAUUGGUAGAAUUAAACCAGAGUUAUAUAAGCAGAGGUCAUUGGAUAAUGAUGAUGGGAGACGGAGUAACAGCAAGGCUUGUGGGAAACUGAACUUCAUUUUAAAAUAUGACUGUGACUUAGAGCAGCUCAUAGUGAAGAUUCACAAAGCUGUCAAUUUGCCCGCCAAGGACUUUUCUGGGACUUCAGAUCCUUAUGUCAAGAUCUAUUUGCUUCCUGAUCGGAAAACAAAACACCAGACUAAAGUUCACAGAAAGACCCUGAACCCUGUGUUUGAUGAAGUGUUUUUAUUUCCGGUUCCCUACAAUGACCUUGAAGCACGGAAGCUUCACUUCUCUGUGUACGACUUUGACAGGUUCUCUCGUCAUGACUUAAUCGGCCAAGUGGUGGUGGAUCACUUCCUAGACUUGGCUGAUUUCCCCAGGGAGUGCAUCCUUUGGAAGGAUAUCGAAUAUGUCACCAAUGACAACGUGGAUCUGGGAGAGCUGAUGUUUUCCCUGUGCUAUCUUCCAACGGCUGGCAGGCUGACCAUUACCAUUAUAAAAGCAAGGAAUUUAAAGGCAAUGGACAUAACAGGAGCAUCAGAUCCCUACGUGAAAGUCUCGCUGAUGUGUGAUGGCAGACGACUGAAGAAGAGGAAAACAUCCACCAAGAGGAACACCUUGAAUCCCAUUUACAACGAAGCCAUAGUCUUUGACGUCCCUCCCGAGAACAUUGACCAAAUCCACUUGUCCAUAGCAGUCAUGGACUAUGACCGUGUAGGUCACAAUGAGAUCAUCGGCGUGUGUCAAGUAGGCAACGAGGCUGAGAGGCUGGGCAGAGACCACUGGAGUGAAAUGUUGUCAUAUCCUCGGAAGCCCAUUGCACACUGGCAUUCCCUGGUGGAGAAACGAUGACCAUGGGUAAGAGGACUGCUUGUGCCAAGGACACAAUAGGACAACCAUCUCACAAAGAUCUUAAGUAACUUUUUCCAUCCAGCAACACCCAGACGAUUUCAGUGACCAAAUGCUCAGCUGUAACCACAGCAAUAACUGGCCUUCUUUCCAGACUGGGUUUGGUGAACCUGAAUGGUCCAGCCACCUUCUGCAGGUGGCCCAAGGUGACGUGCUGCAGGGAAGCAUGUCUCUCAUGCCAAGAACCAAGAUCGGACUAUGAACAAAAACAAAUGAUAGAUAUAGUGACAGUACCAAGAGUACCAGGACUCAGUGUUUCAUAUGAAGCCCUUGGUGAUGAGGACAUAGCAUUUGCCCUGGAAAUCGUUAUUCUAACAUAAUAUUAUUUUCUAGAAUGCCCUGGAAGGACAGAAUAUUUAAAAAUAUAUCCAGGUGCUAAAUAGGCAGCAGAUCUCAAUUCACACAUGACUACCUUUGAGCUAAUGACUGUCUCCAGAAAAUAACUGUGCCCCAGGAAGUGCUCCAGAUUUGCAAGGAAUAGCCCCAAGAGAAUAACAGGACAAGCAGGCUGUUCCCUGGAAAAAAUCGAAUGCAAGGAGGGCUAGUUCACAGCAAAUUCACUGCCUCCUCCCAUGCACAUGGUAGAGAGUACCAGUAACAACAUGGCCCUGUUUUCUGCUAAAACCAGAUUUUGAGGAAUCAGAGACCCCCAACACUAUUCACUCAGUAGCCAGCAGCCACUUCCUUUCAACUGGGAGUGUUAUUAGAAUGAAAAGUAAUUGUUAUCACAGUUAGAAGGGCAUACAUCUCAGUGGCAUGAGCAUUGUGGAAUAUCCUUUCCUAGGCACAUUUGUCCACUAAGGGAACAGCCUCAGAAACUGGUAUAGCAAUGGGUGAGAUGAGAUCAUGGAGAGAGAACACAGCCAUCCCCUACAGAAAGGCACAGCUUUGGGCUUCUCUGGCCUGAGUGCCUUCUGGGGUAUUUCCAUAUGCAACAGCCCAGAGUCACAGCCUUGGGCAACCACACAUAGAGGUUUCCUUCUCACUUCAGACACAUACAUCACUUUCACAGCACUUGGGGAUGGAAAUACCUACAAGAGUGAAGGUCAAGGGCCCUCCCCAGGCAUCUCAUUCAUUACUCAGCUUCCUUCCUGACCAAGUCUGCCAACCAAUGGCCAGCUAUGCGCCUCAUCCUCAUUGCUUCUGCCUCCAUGUAAAUGAAACCAAAGGCCUCAGCAUAUCCUGGGAGGACUGGGGGCUGUUACCUAAUGGUCCUCUCUGUCCCAUGAUAGGUGCAAGGCACCCCAUCCACACAUUUGCACCACUACUCCAAGAUAGUAUUUUUCUUUUCACACAAUCUCUUUACAGCAGAAUCCAGAGUUGGAUUGUAGUUUACCUUCCUGGAAAGCUCAUUAUCUUUGUUUGAAUUAACAUUUCAGCAUGGAACUAACUGGGCGGAAGAAGGAUUGUUACACGUCUUCAGAAAGUUCUCAUUGCCCCAGCUGCCUAGUACUAUACAAGAAGCUCUACUCUGAUGGCAGAUCUAAGAAGGCUAUAGGCCUUUGGUUGUAGGAAGCAGUGUCAUUACAUUCAAGCUUCACUUCUCUAAUUGGCUUCCAACCACUGGGAUUCAAGGAGAAUCCAAGGUUCUGCCUAUGUCUGAUGACAUAAGGAAAAUUUGGCUUCCUCUGCUCAAGGUUCCCCUCUGCUCAUCCCUCCUCAUUCAGACAUCAUCCACCAUACCAGUGUUUAGAACCAAAACAUGAAGGGCUAGCGCCACCAGGAUAGUUAGCAGAAAUAUUGUCUGUAAAGCUAGGCAGAUGAGCCCAGAAGAAUGGUCCCAGAGAAAGCAGACUGGCUCCAAUAGAUAUCAGGCAGCAAUCCCAAUAAAUUCUGACAUGUCCUUGGCAAUGGAAGCCUGGGUUGGAGAUCCUGAGGCAGCUGUGCCUACUGUUCCCCACUUCAGAAGCUUCCUGCCCAGAAAGCCAGCAGCCUUGGGAUACUAAUGAGGAUGCAACUGGCUUGUUGGUAUGAAAUAGGUGGCUUUGUAGGGGCAAGCAGACAAAGAGGACUAUCCACAUGGCAGGCAGGUGGCUUUGUGUCUGGAAAGCUUUGCCUAGCCAGUACAGCUGUGACCAGAGGCUGGUUAUAAAUUUGAACUCCCUCAGCCCAUUUGCAACUCUGGCUCUGUUCUCUUGCAUUCUGUUUGGUUGCCCUUUAGUUUCCUAGUAAAUGCUCCUUUUGAAAAA